CGUCUCGCGAGAAAAGGCGAGAACUCACAAAGCUAGCGGGCGCGCUAGCCAGUUUUGUUCUCCCGUUUUGAAAUUAAUCUUGUUUUAUUAUGGCCACAAUGUCCGGAGGAACAAACCUUGGGAUUCCCGGGAUAAGCCAAGCUGGCAGCGGAACAUCCGCACACCGGAAAAAAGACAGCAGUCCGUCCGCCAGGUUCUGGGAGAGCGCGGAGACUUUAGCUCAGCUGGAGGUGGUGCGACAGUGGAUCGGGAAGCACUACAAAAAGUAUGUGCUGGUGGAUGCUCCAUCGUGUCAGGCUCUGGCUGCAGUCACCCUGCAGCUGCUCCAGUUUCAAGAGGAUGCCUUUGGCAGGCAAGCUGCCAGUCCUGCCCUCACCAAACUGCCUGCACAAUGCUUCCUGGACCUCCGGCCAGGAGGUGGACUCUGCCACAUUCUUGGCACUGCCUACAAGUUCAAAGCUGAGCAAGGCUGGCGGCGGUUUGACUUACAGAAUCCAUCCAGAACUGAGAGGAACAUCGAGAUGUUCGGUGCUAUUGAACGAGCGCUGAUCCAGAACAACUGUAUGUCACUGCCUGUGGUAUAUAUGGAUCCCAUACUGGAUCAGGAGCUGGCUAGCAGGCUUACUGAUAUUGUCACCAAACACCAGGGUACACUCGUUGAGGACCGAACGCUCGCCAGCCACCACAUUUACCCGUCACCUGCUUCCAUAGAGGAAGAUGAAUGGAUGCGUCCCGUCAUGCGGAAAGACAAACAUGUCUUGGUACAUUGGGGCAUGCAUCCUGACAGUUACGACAGUUGGCUGCCUUCAAAUGAUGUUGAAGGAGAGGUUGAAGAGCCGCCGCAUUCAGAAAAGCCGUGGCGGGUUCACACUGGCUGGGUUCUGGACACAGAUGUUUUCAACGAAUGGAUGAACGAGGAAGACUAUUGUGUGGACGAAAGGAAUGUACCACUCUGUCUCCGCCAGCAUAUUCAUCUCCGAGACGACCAGGACUCCAAAUCCACCCCCAAAAAGAGAAGACGCUCUCCCUCUCCUCCAUCCUCUGAAGGCAGGAAGAAAGGAAAGAAGGGGAGAAGGCGUGGACAACAGGAGGAAGAGCCAGAGGAAGACUUGACCAAAGACAUGGAGGACCCUACCCCUGUUCCUAACAUGGAGGAGGUUAUACUACCCAAGAUUGUCAACCUGAAGAAGGACAGUGAGAAUACUCCUGUCAAAGGAGGGACCAUGGCUGACCUAGACGAACAGGAGGACGAUUUCCCAGGAAGGGAAGAUGACGAGGGGCGAGGGGAGAUACCUCGCCUGUCAGAGGGCGAGGACAACAUCACAGAACAAACUCAUCAUAUCAUAAUACCGAGCUACACAUCUUGGUUCAAUUACAACAGCAUUCACUCGAUAGAGAAACGGGCAUUGCCUGAAUUCUUCAAUGGAAAGAACAAGUCCAAAUCUGCAGAAAUCUACCUGGCGUACCGUAACUUCAUGAUCGACACAUACCGGCUCAACCCACAGGAGUAUCUCAGUUCGACGUCCUGCAGGCGUAACCUCACCGGAGACGUCUGUGCUGUCAUGAGGGUUCAUGCAUUUUUGGAGCAAUGGGGUUUGAUUAACUACCAGGUGGAUGCAGAGAGCAGACCCCUCCCCAUGGGACCCCCACCCACCCCUCAUUUCAAUGUCUUAGCUGACACACCGUCCGGGCUGGCCCCCCUACAACACAAACCCCUGCAGGUGUCGGCCUCGCAACACAUGUUGUAUUUCCCAGAAAAGAGCAGAGAGAAGCCUUCAGACUGCCAGAACUUUGGUCUGCGCUCCGACAUCUACACCAAGAAGCACCCAAAGACUAAAGGAGCGAGUGCCGGAAGGGAAUGGACAGAGCAAGAGACACUCUUGCUAUUAGAGGCCUUAGAGGUCUACAGAGACGACUGGAACAAAGUAUCCGAGCACGUGGGCUCCAGAACGCAGGACGAGUGUAUCCUCCACUUCCUUCGUCUGCCGAUAGAAGACCCUUAUCUAGAAGACUCCUCUGCCUCCCUCGGCCCGCUGGCGUACCAGCCUGUGCCUUUCAGCCAGUCAGAAAAUCCCGUCAUGAGCACUGUGGCUUUCCUGGCAUCUGUGGUGGACCCACGGGUGGCAUCAUCAGCAGCUAAGGCCGCACUGGAGGAGUUUUCACGAGUGCAGGAGGAGUCGGUGGAUAAGAUCUCUGAAUUGUCCAACCAGCCCGACAAAACAGUAUCGAUGGAUCCAGAAAAAAUGGAAACCAACUCCAUCUCCCAUCAGGCCACGUUAAUAGCGGAUGGGCUCAAGGUUGAACCCAGUGGGGCCAAGGUGGAGGGAGAACAUGUCAAAAGAGAAAAUGCUGAAAAUAUACUCGGAGAGGAGAGAGACGGAAGGGGAGACGACGACGAGAGAGAGGGGCGGCGGGAGGGAGACGGGGAUGAGGGGAGAGUGAUGGAGCAGGAUCUGGUGGAGGGCAGCGUCGCCACGGCGGCAGCGGCUGCUCUGGCCUCAGCUGCCACAAAAGCCAAGCACUUGGCGGCAGUAGAAGAGAGGAAGAUCAAGUCCCUGGUGGCUCUGCUUGUGGAGACCCAGAUGAAGAAGUUGGAGAUCAAGCUGAGGCACUUUGAGGAGCUGGAGACCAUCAUGGACCGCGAGAAAGAGGCUCUGGAGCAGCAGCGGCAGCAGCUCCUGUCAGAGCGACAGACGUUUCACACGGAGCAGCUGAAACAGGCAGAGAUGAAGGUUCGCCAGCAGAGGGAGCAGCCGGGAUACACAGCGCAGCAUUCAGCCCUGCCUCCUCCCUCAGGCCAGGCCAUCCCCAACCGGAUGAUGCCUGUAGCAGCAAAUGCCCAGACAAUGGCCCCUCGACACCCCGGGGCUCCCAAUGGCAUGUACCCGUCCUCACAGCCUGAUGGCAUAGCACCAGCUCAGUCGGUUCCUCCAGCGCCUAGUCAUAGCUGAACCAAU